AUGUUUCGUCAAGGAUUAGGACUAGUCAGACGUAAGUCUCUCUCAAGGACCACCUCCCCAGCUCUCAAUAGAGUCGCUCAAUAUCAGCUUAUCCGUAAUGUGAGUACUGUUAAGGCCAGUCAUGAUGAAGAACAAGAGAUCUUAGUUGCUCAGCGUAAGGUGAGACCUUCCUCUCCUCAUUUGACUAUUUACGCUCCCCAACUCACCUGGAUACUUUCCUCCUUCCAUCGUAUCACCGGUGUUGGUUUGGCUGGUGGUUUCUAUGCAUUAACUUGUGGUUACGCUGCUGCCAACCUCCUAGGAUACGACUUUACCUCUGCUGAUAUUGUUGGUUUAUACUCACAACUUCCCGAAUACAUUAAGUACAGUGUGAAGGCUAUCGCUGCUUACCCAUUUGUGUUCCAUAUUUCUAACGGACUUAGACACUUAGUAUGGGACUUUGGGAAAGAGUUGACUAUUCCAGGAGUUUAUCGUACCGGUUACGCUGUCUUAGCCAGUACUGCUUUGGUAGCCACUGGAUUGCUGUUUUUGUAA